CGCCCGCCAGCGGCCUCCGCGUCACCCGCGCCCGCGGUGGCCACAACAUGGCUGCGCCGCCGGGGCUGCUUCUCUGGCUGGUCCUGCUCGGGCCGCACUUGUGGGGCCCGGGCCAGCCGGACCCCAGCCCCGGCCGGCGCUUCUCGGACCUCAAAGUGUGCGCUGACGAAGAGUGCAGCAUGUUAAUGUACCAUGGCGAAGCUCUUGCAGACUUCACAGGCCCUGACUGUCGUUUUGUGAAUUUUAAAAGAGGCGACCAUGUGUAUAUUUACUACAAACUUGCAGGGGGAUCCCCUGAAGUUUGGGCUGGAAGUGUUGGACGAAUCUUUGGAUACUUUCCAAAAGAUCUGAUCAAGGUACUUCACAAGUACACAGAAGAAGAGCUAUACAUUCCAGCAGACGAGACAGAUUUUGUCUGUUUUGAAGGAGGAAGAGAUGAUUUUAAUAAUUAUAAUGUAGAAGAACUUAUAGGUUCUUUGGAAUUGGAGGACUCCGUAUUUGAGGAGUAUGAGAAACCUGAAGAAGUUUCUCAGGAUGGAGUGAAGUCUCCUGAAGGGACUCAGGAGACUGAAGUUGACCCUGAGCCUGAGCCUGAGCCAGCCAAAGUGGACCCAGGGGAACGAGAAGGUGUGUUCUCAGAGAGCACUGAGGAACUGCAGGGACAGUCCUUGGCUCAGGAGAGCCACCCUCACACCAACAGAGCAGCAGACAACGCUCAGGGAGGGCCGUCUUCACUGGACAACUUCGAAGAAAUGCUGCACGAUAAAUUACAAGUGCCAGAAAGUGAAAACAGAACCAGCAACAGUUCUCCUGUCUCAGUGGAGCAGGAGAUAGAUGCUUACAAAGUCCUGAAAACAGAAAUGACACUUGACUUGAAAACCAAGUUUGGUUCAACCGCUGAUGCUGUGGUGUCUGACGAUGAGGCAACCAGACUGGUCACUUCAUUAGAGGAUAAUUUCGAUGAAGAACCAGAUGCUGAGUAUUCCUCAGUGGAGGAUGAAGAAGAGGAGAAUGCAGACAGCUUUGAUGAGCUACCAUUACUAUCCUUUACUGAUGAAGAAGGUGAGAACAUCCCCAGGAAGCCUAGGAUGGAGAAAUUUUCAACAGAUGAGAAUCCGAACUUGAGUGAAGAUGAUAAAGUUGAACCUCCUCUGUCUCCUGGCACCCAAAAUGACAAUAAAGAUAUAUUGACAACCUGGGGGUCUACUUUCUUCUCUAUUAUCACAGGAGGUGAAGGAAAAACAGGUGUGGAUUUAGAGAGUUCUAACCCAGAGGAAGAGAAGAAGGAGGGUGUGUUGGUUUCAGCUAACCAUCAGAGGAAGCCACAGUCAACAUCUGGCUAUAUGGACCCUGAGGAUGAAGAGGAUGAUCCUUUUGUAGAAGACUCCAAAAGAAAUGGCGAAAAGGACUCGAAAAUAGAUCCAGAACUUGUCCUAACAGGAGAGAAGGUGAUCCCAGAAUCCAGGAGAGGCGAAUCAGAAACACCAAGUGCUUAUGAACCCCAGCGCAGCAAACUUAACCCUCUGCCAAAUGCUGGAAAGGCCAAGGAAUUCACAUUAAAAGCAGUCUUUGAAAGAAAAGAAAAUGGCCUAAAAGAACAAGUUAUCCACAUCUCAAAGGAGACACUCCACAAAGACAAGAGCAGAGACGACAUAGAGAGUGAAUCGGUACACAGAGCUCUGGGGAGUCCAGGGACAGAAAAUAACAGCAAACAGGAACUCUCGGGUGCUGUGCCACUCUUAGGAGACAAUCAGCCUGAUGCAUCCAAGGACAGGAUGGAAGUCCCGGGCGCUUCCGUCAGUGGGCCAGAAGUGGGCCAAUGGGAGGGAUUUCAGAAUCAACCUAGAUUCUCCUCUCCAGAGGAAACUGGUCUUCCAAGAGACCUGGAAACAAAAGUUCCUACUCUGGGAAGAAAUCUUUCUUGGCAGCAGCAAGAGAGAGAUGUACGUGUUACAGAGGGCAGGGAAGACCCUGCAGAUGUGGAACCACCUCACCCCCAGGCCAUACAAAGGACACAGGAGGCUGAUAGCCCGGAAGUGCCCAGUGUCCACACCCGAAGGCCAGAAGCAGAGGAGGAUGAUUUCCCUCUUGAGGAGCUACUGGAGGAUGAAAAUGCUGUGAGUGCACAGCAGUCUAAAGAAAACCACCCCAGGGUUCACGACAGGUCAGAUAUGAGUUCUCAAGUUUUUGAAAAAGUAAUUUUGGGGACCCUUAAUCUUGAUACUGAAGAGAACAAACAAGCAAUUAAUACGAUUCUGGAGACUGGAAAAGAGAGUGAAGCCGUGUUGGAAGAGGCAGACGGUGUGGGCGAGGAGUCAGGUAGUGUGGUGACGGACAAUGAAGGAAGUCGUCUGACAGAUGUGAGAGCUCAGGGGCCACCUGAAGUCGACAGCCUUCAUGAGAUGGCAGGUCACGCUUCAGACUUCGGGGAAGCCAUUCAGAGUAAAGAUCCUUAUGACCUACAAAAAGACAACCCCGAGGAACUAGUCAACACCUUGGGACUUGAGAUUCCUGGGGGGGGAGAAAUCUCAGAAUGGGAACUUGAUGAUCCGGAGAAGCUUGGAGGCUCAGAAAGCCAGGGGCAUGAUGCUGAACACCUUGGGGAUGACCCACCCCAGCAAGAUACACCUGAAAUUCCCGACAUAGUGCUCAAGAGCGUGAGGGAAGACCUGCCCAUCAUAAACAGCUUCUUCAGGGACCAUAAGUCCCUGUAUCGCUUCUUGAAGUACUUUGAUGUCUAUGAGCUGGAGGGCAUGCUACAAGACAUGGCCAUAAGGCUGAAAUCGGCACAUCGGGAAAGCCUGCCUUACAAUGCGGAAAAAGUCCUAGAUAAAGUUUUCCGCACCUCAGAGUCACGGAUCCUAAGUGUGGCAGAGAACAUGCUUGAUACUCGAGAGAACAAAAAUAGAGAUCUGGGGACACAAAAGAACAGCGUGUUAGAGGAAGCUGCGGUGUUGGAUGACGUACAAGACCUGAUCUAUUUUGUCAGGUACCAGUACUCUGGAGUAGAGACUGCCCCACUGGCCACACCUCCACCUCAGGAGGAGGUCGGGUCUGGGCCAGUAGAAGAGCUUCAGCCACCCAUGAAGGACAACUUACCACAAGAAAACACAGAAAAACUUAGUGUGCAGCUUCCGGAGCAGCCUGGUGUCUCAGAUCAAGCUGCGACCAGCGUGCAACUUACAGAGGAGCCUGGUGUCUCAGAUCAAGCUGCGACCAGCGUGCAACUUACAGAGGAGCCUGGUGUCUCAGAUCAAGCUGCGACCAGCGUGCAACUUACAGAGGAGCCUGGUGUCUCAGAUCAAGUUGCGACCAUCCUGCAACUUACAGAGGAGCCAGGUUUCUUGGAUCAACCUGUGACCGGUGUGCAGCUUUCAGAGGAGCUUGGUCUCUUGGAUCAACCCGUGACUGAGCCCAUGAGCACCUCAGAGGUGUCACAUGCGUCAAAUGGUGAGAAAGACAUAGGCCCAGCUUUCCCUGUAACCGAAGGCUCUCCUGUUGGGGCUGGUGAUGAUGCAGAAAAGCUCCUGGAGACGAGGGCAGAGGAGCCAGCAGAUGUCCCGCCUCUGGACAAUGCACUUGGUCCCCUGCAUUCCUUCAUUCUUUAUUUAAGUAAGAUGUUCAUUGCCACGUUGCCUGCUAAUGUUCAGCCUGGCCCUGACUUUUAUGGACUCCCGUGGCAGCCUGUGAUUGUUACUGCAGUCUUGGGAAUUGUUUCAUUUGCAAUCUUCUCCUGGAGAGCUAUUCUUGUUGUAAAGAGUAGAGUAUAUCAAGUUACUGAGAAGCAAAUUUAUGAGAAGUUGGAAAAUACCAAGAAGGAAAAUGCAGAACUUAUGCAAAAAUUGUCAAAUUAUGAACAAAAGAUCAAAGAGUCAAAGAAACAUGAUCAAGAAACCAAGAAACAAAACAUAAUUCUGUCUGAUGAAGCUAUCAAAUACAAGGAUAAAAUCAAGGUACUUGAAGAAAGUAAUAAAAUUCUGGGUGACAAGGCCAAAAGUCUUCAUCUUAUGUUAGAAUCUGAAAGAGAACAGAGCACCAAGGAUCAGGACUUGAUACUGGAAAACAAGAAGACUAUUGAGAAGUUGAAGGAUGUCAUUUCGACGACUACAGCAGAACUUUCAGAGGUUCAAAUCGCCCUUAAUGAAGCCAAGCUUAGUGAAAAGAAUGUAAAAUCUGAAUGCCAUCGGGUUCGAGAAGAAAAUGCCAGGCUUAAGAAAAAGAAAGAGCAGUUGCAGCAGCAGAUUGAAGACUGGAGUAAAUCGAAUGCUGAGCUCACUGAACAAAUCAAGACAUUCAAGAGGGCCCAGAAGGACUUAGAAGUCGCUCUUACUCAAAAAGAUGACAAUAUUAGCGCUUUGACUAAGUGCAUCACACAGGUGAACCAGGUAGAGAGUGAACUUAAAACUGAGGAUCAGAAUCCAGAAGGAAAUGAGUCAGAUGAGCUGGCCAAUGGAGAAGUGGGAGGUGAUGGAAGUGAGAAGAUAAAAAACAGAAUUAAGGAGAUGAUGGACGUUUCUCGGACACAAACUGCAGUCUCAAUAGUUGAAGAGGAUCUAAAGCUUUUGCAACUUAAGAUAAGCGCAUCAAUGUCCACUAAAUGUAACCUGGAAGACCAAAUCAAGAAAUUGGAAGGUGACCGCAACUCUCUGAAGACUGCUAAAGCUGAGCUGGAAGAUGCGUGCAAAACUCUGACGCAGAAACUGGAGAUCCUCAAUGAGCUCUACCAGCAGAAGGAGAUGGCUCUGCAGAAGAAACUGAGUCAAGAAGAGUAUGAGCGAGAAAACAAAGAGCAGCGGCUUUCCGCUGCAGAUGAGAAGGUGGUUUCGGCGGCAGAGAAAGUGAAAGCUUACAAGCGGAGAAUUGAAGAAAUGGAAGAAGAAUUGCAGAAAACAGAACGCUCAUUUAAAAGCCAGAUUGCUACUCAGGAGAAAAAAGCUCAUGACAACUGGCUCAAAGCUCGUGCUGCAGAGAGAACUUUGGCAGAGGAAAAGAGAGAAGCUGCUAACUUGAGGCACAAAUUACUGGAACUGGCCCAAAAGAUGGCAAUGAGUCAAGAUGAACCUGUGAUCAUAAAACCAACACCAGGAAGACCCAAUACACAAAAUCCUCCCCGGAGAGGUCUGAGCCAGAAUGGUUCUUUUGGUCCAUCCCCUGUGAGUGGUGGUGAAUGCUCCCCUCCCCUACCGGCAGAGCCACCUGGGAGACCUCUCUCUGCCACACUCAGUCGAAGAGACAUGCCUAGAAGUGAAUGUGGGUCAUUGGACAGGAAUGUACCUCGCCCUCGCUGGCCAUCAGAGGCAUCUGGACAACACUCUGCUUCUGACCCAGGUCCAGGACCCAUGAUGAACAGCAGUUCCAGGAGCUCUUCUCCAGCAAAGGCCAUUGAGGAGAGCAAGGUUAACAUGGCUCCCAGAGGGCCCCCCUCCAUUUCCAGGGGUGCCUCUCUUUGGUGCCCCUUUGAGAAGUCCGGUGCCACCACCCAUUCCAUAUGGACCACCUCCUCAGCUAACCGGGCCUUUUGGGCCUCGGCCAGUGCCUCCACCAUUUGUUCCAGGCAUGGGUGCACCACUAGGCAUAAGAGAGUAUCCACCAGGUGUUCUACCCGGGAAAUGGGACCUGCCUGUUGACCCUCGGCAGUUUUUACUAGGACACGCACCAUUUAGACCUCCAGGUUCACUUGGUCCAAGAGAAUUUUUAUUCCUGGUACCCGUUUACCACCUCCAACCCAUGGUCCUCAGGACUACCCGCUGCCACAACCUGCUGCAAGAGACUUACUGCCUUCCGGCCCAAGAGAGGAAGCCCCACCUGUCUCUCCAAGCAGUGUCCAAGACAGUUCACCGCCUUCAAAACCUAACCCCUAACUUUGUCCUCUAUCACUGAGUCAGAGUGGAAGAGAGAGCGGACAUUGCAUUGUUCAUUAAAGCAAAGAAUUCCAUCAGCUUCAUAACCUAAAUUCUUGCUUAAAAAACAUUUUAGUACUAAGCAGCCUUGGCAGUGUGCAUUUUUGAGCCAAACAAAAUUAUAUUCUUCCUUGUACAUAAAAAAACAAAAAACAAAACUCA